AUGAACAAAGCACUAGUUCUUGCUCUUUUCUUAGGCUUAGCUGUUACUAAACAAAACUAAGGAUGGUUCUAUCCAAACGAAAACGGAAGCAUGGAAUCCGUUAUCAGUGAAGAACACUUCGCCUUCAGUUACAAGGCUCAAGCCGAUCUCGGUUACGGUACCCACUACGGUGUUGCUCAAACCAACCCAGACAAGGUGGAAACCUAUGGUCUCCAUCUCUACUCAUUCGCUGCUGUACACACUGAGGUUUUGGCAACAAGAUUCUACAAGUAUAACGCUAGAUUCACCUUCGAACCAGUCUACUGCGAGCUCUACAACCAACACAUCAAAUGGCAGAGACCAGAAGCUGACAAUGGAAAGGUUCACUUCUAUGUCAAGGGAGACAGAAGUGGAAGAGCCCUCGCUUUCACUACCAUGGUUAAGGAGAAUGCUUAAGUCUUCGAGACCUCACUUGUUGACUGGAUUGACGAUAUGGAGAACAACGAUCCAUUCCCAUCAUCACAACAUGUUGGAUUCGACUCAGACUUCGAACAAAAGUAUAUGGACAACUACUGGCAAAAGAGCUUCGAGUCAAAAGUUAAGGAUCUCACCAAGCUUCUCAACGCCAACUACUACGACUGGAAGAAACUCUUCUGA